CCAUCAGCUACGCGUAUCCAGGCCACUUGUUGCAGAUUCAAACCUUGAAACCUCCGCAAGCCGCUCGACCUGUCUGUUCCUAUUUCAUAGCCUAUCGACCUCCGCCGCCUCCGAUCUCUGCGCCCAAUCAGAUAAGAUCAGGCCUCGCCCUUUGACGGCCGCCUUCACUCUGCCUAGGUGCUACAUACCGGAAGAUCGAUCCUGGAAUCCUUGGAUUUGGGCAUCCGCAUUGCAGGACCCACGCCUGCAGUGUAGUCUGUGUAGUCGUCUAUGUGGCGCGCGAAUGUUGAAUGAAUGCAACCUCUAAACCCUUUCCUGUCCGCCUUCUUCAAGAGCACCCUGCCAGCACAGUGUACUCCCAUCCAUCACCAUAUUCUGCUAGUACCUACUACCGAAGUUCUCCUUACCUCCCGCGAUCGCGAGUCCGGCGCUCUCUACUCAGACCUUGCUGGGUCAGACGAAUUCCUGGGCAGUCAUGUCUUGCGAGUACCGACAAACAAUGGUGCGGCGGGAGGGAAGGACGCACCAAAUAUGCGUGAGAAUAGAGGAAAGGCAAAACAAUACACAACCAUCAACGGCAGAACGGUAGUCGUCAAGGAUGCCUUCGUAUACAGCAAUAAGGGGUUCAAGACGCUUAAUCAAGCCCAAAUCUUGACAGACACGUUGUGGUACCCCGACUCCUUAGAACCCAGGCAAUGGCUUGUGUACUACAUUUCGAGACCGCUGGUGGGAAUAUACGAAGAGAUCAAGAUAGAACCCGCCAUCAUUCCACAACGUUCUCCGGAUGGCAGACUAGUCUCUCCAGCUAGGUUAACUCAAGAGGAAUCUUCAGGUGCUUCGAGCCCUGUUCCUCGCAAGAAAGAUAUCAAGAGCUUCAAUGACCUUCUCAAUAACUUCCCGAUGAUUGCCAGGCAGAUGCAGCCUGGCCUUGAACGUCUAUUCAAAGAGUUUAACACUGUCUUCGAGAAGCCAUUGCCGCCCCCUCCUUCAGCCGAAGUUAUACCUGAUCCGGAACCUGAAGGCCCAAUCACCAAGGCAAUGAAACAGGCGCGAUACCACAGUAUGAAUUCUGCUGCAAUCAGUCACUUAAAUGGCCGUGCGGAUCCCGGUGCUGCUGGUGAUUUAUAUGCCGAAGAUGACGAGGACAUUAUGCGAGGCGCAUUGGAGACUGCAGUGACGGCAGCUAUCGAUCUCUUUCAAAUGGUGGACAAACAGCAACUUUCGCUCCUGGGAGCCACAACUGAUCUUACUGGCCCGGUUGUAGAACGUCUAAUCGAGCGCUAUGUGGCCGAGCAAGUCCAUGAUACUGUUCUCUAUCCCAGAUUGUGCGCCAUGAAGCGACCUGAAGAUCUUGAGCUGGAAUUUAAAAUUAGACAGAUGGAAUUUGUCGAUAUCUCACAAGUUGGAAUACAUAUUCAUGGCGGAAAAAAGGAGAGGCAUGAGUUGACUAUACGUCUUGGCCGUGCGGUUGAGGAGUUUCGAAAACUUAAUGUUGCUGGAAGUCCUCAGGAGAUGAUGGAUAUCUUGCUCAUGACCCUAAAGACAGUCACACACCUCACCGACAUACCCAAAGGAGUUGCGCAGGGGACUCAGUCGUCCGAGAAAGCCGGGCCGGCUCUCACAGUCAAUGCUGAUACUCUAGUGUCACUGCUCUUGAUCGUCGUCAUCAGAUCCCAGGUUCGUUACCUUCAGGCACGAUUACUGUACAUGCGUCAUUUCAUCUUCAUUGACGAUGUUGAGAGCGGAGAGAUGGGUUAUGCUCUGAGCACAUUCGAGGCAGUUCUCUCCUACCUUGCGAGGGACUCAGGGGGUCUACGGAAGGCCAGCAGACGGAACAACAAGCUCUGGCAAGCCACAAAUAAGGGCGAGGUCAAAGAGAUGAUGAUGAUAAUGGAACCAGACAGAGAAUCCGAUGAGGAAGACGAAAACAAUGAACCCGAUAGCGAUGAAGUUAUGGACGAGCAGCUAGUACCCUGUAAUGGUGUCAAUGGACAUUCGGAUCCACACCAGCCAGGAACGAGUACUGAAAGAACAUCGCAGACCUCCACUCUCAAUCACGUAUUCCCGUUCCAAAUUCAGCAUGCUGAAGAAGCGGAAGAACAAUUGCCGCCUUUACGGAAACCGAAGUCCGUGAAAAUGGAUGAGCGGAGUAUGUCAAGCAGCUCUGAGACAUCGUUCCGAUCGAUAGCAACUACAAUUGAUUCGACAGGUAGUGGUAUUGAGGGCGACACUUCAAUUGAGCGUCUCGCACAAACAGAAGAUUCAUUAGGAGAGUCUGUCCCAAUGAUGGCCGUUCAACAUGAACGGCCCGAGUCACUCAGAUAUCUGCUAUCAUUGCGUCAUUACUAUCCUCUGCAGUCGGUUCUCGAGGACACCAAUAAUGAAGGCACAACGCUCUUGAGUGCGGCUGUUCAGCUUGGGCAUACAGAGCUUAUCGACAUUAUCUUGGACUUUGUCUAUCGAGCGGAGUCGCAAUCAAUCGUGAUUGAUUACCUGGCCAAGCAAGAUAAUAGAGGCAGAAGUGUUGCCCAUUAUUUAUUCAACGCUCCCGUACUGAUCUCACGGGUUGGUCGGUUAUUGCCUUGGCGGCAGAAAGAUAAAAACGGCCAAACGCCGCUCUUCGCAUUGUGCAGGUCUUACGAUCAUGCUAAUUAUCGAGAAAUGGUUGAAGCCGGGCUUGUGGCGGCAACCAACUCGCAAGGCGAUGGCCAGCCAUUGCACCUAGAUGACCAUAUCGAUUCGAAGGGCAAUACACUACUUCAUAUCGUCAAUGAUCCUCAAAUUGCACACAAGAUCCUCCUUCAUUGUGAUUCGGAUGUCAAUGCAACAAACGACAAGAAGUUUACUGCCCUGAUGGUAGCUAGCAAAUAUGGUAGAUUGGAAAUGGUUAGAGCCUUAUUUGGUGAUCCAAGAGUUGACAUUUUUGCGAAGGAGCUCCGCGGUUUGACGGCUGUGGAGCUGGCUAAAGACGAUGAUGUUAGGAAUCGAAUCGAUGAUUUGAUCCUCUUUUCUGGCCAGCCAGCCCCAGACGGACGAAUUACUGCUGUUGUACGAUCUUUCUUUGUUGAAGAUGCCACUAUACGCCUUGUAGUCAAGUCAGCAGCGCCAUUAGAGAACCAGAGCUUUACUAUCACAACGUGUCGGCGAUCGCUGGGAGACUUUGAGCACCUGGCAAAGCUUCUUGCCCUUGAGAAUCCGGCCUCGUGGUUGCCAUCGAUAUCAGGGAUGCGUUGGCCAUUCCAACUGCCGUCAAAGCCUUCGAGAGCAGUCUUGCGAGAUAUUCAGGUUCGUUUGGAUAGCUUUCUGAAGACAUUGUUGGCCCACUCCACGUUCUCUACACAUGAAAUGUUAUGGGAGUUCUUUCUGGUGCCUGAUAUCCAACCCGAUAUGAUGGAGCAACGGAGCAAGCUUAAGGCUGAAGCGAGGGUAGAAACGGUCAGGGAGGAAUAUGAGCCAGUUGAGGAUGUUCGGGAUGUCGAGCAGUUUGUGGAUCAUGCUAGAGAUACAGUUCGCAGUGUCAAUUACUCUACCAAGUCCGUUGCGCGGAGGGUGAAUAUGUUACGAGUUGUCACCACUGAUCUCUACGAUGCCGCAAGCCUCGCAUCUCGCGCAUUAGCCACGAUCUCUUUCCUCCCACAAACCCAUAUCUCAGCAUUUGAAGCAUACGUCCAGACCCUAGCGCCAUCCACAUCGUCCCCGUACGCUGCUUUUCACUCGACAGCCCUUUCCAUCCAUAGCACCAUAAUCGCCAUGUUACUUGCACUGUCCCGCCCCACGUCCCUCAUAUCAUCUAUUAAUACCUCUCGAAAAGCAAUCGAGCGGUCUUAUAAUUCUCUUUCUCGCUCCACCCGCUGGCCUCUCGGUCUUCUUGACGAGACUCGACAACGGUUGAAUGAAGAAAAGGAAGAUAAAGCUCGGAGAGCCAAAGAUGAAGUUGAGGAGCUGGGGCGAGAAUUGCGGUAUACGCAGCAGGUUGUCGCAGCAGAAUUGGCCGGAUGGCAAGACCUCCAUGAGAAGAUGGGCCGAAGAGCAAUCCGGGAGUUGGCGAAGGGAAUGCUCAUCAAGGAACGAGCGGCUCUCGAGGGUAUGAAGAGAGCAAUUAGAAAGUUGAAGGUUCAGCCUAUAAUACCACCAGCAAAGACGGAUCUAGAUGCCGAGACCAAUGGCAGCAGUAGUAAUGGCGAGGGUCCUGCGCAAGCAGAGUAAUAAUCUUGGAAUAUCCACGGCUAGCUUGAUCAACAGAGUACCUCAGAUAGAAGCGCAUGGCUAGGGAUGUUUAGCAGCGGAACAGGAUAAAGGCAUAGCUGGAGGGAAGAAAUAAUCUGAUCCAUGAGCGGUUGCAUGGAAUUUAAUCAGUUGAGCAUGAUGAUUUAGUAGCCUUCAACGUAGGUAUAGACCAACUAAUUAUUAUUAUUAUUUGCCGC